UUUAUUUGUUGUCCAGAUUCUUCUGUUUUUGUUUACUGAAUAUAGUGAAUAGAUUUAGCUUGAAGAAUUAGUCUGUGUGUUAAACCCUGUGGUUUGCUCCCACAAGGUUUGGACUUUGAUUCAUUGUGGAAUCUACCUUUUGACAGAUUAUAGGCUACCUUUUAAAAGAUUUUAGGUUUUGACAUUGGCCCUAGUUUCAGACUUGAGUUUGCUAAGCGGGUUAAUGGGAUUUUCAGUUUAGAGAAAAUAACGAUGAGAUUAGUGAUUUCAUCAAAAUGUUAUGAACUCACUUUUCUUUAGCGGAUUGUUUCAGGCAUUGUUGCUAGGGUAAGUUACCUACCCUGAGGUUUCACAAAAAUCUUAGUUACACACGUGUGGUAGUGAAAAUCAGCUGAGACUUGGCUCCACGUUUUCAUAAAUUGUCACUCACCUCCCCUCACCUAUGUUUUCUAAGAGAAAUGAUUGACGGAAGUUGUAAAAGUGCUAUUUUGCCCUUUUGAAAAAAGAAAAAAAGAAAAAAGAAGAAGAAAACAUAUAGGUAUAGCCGACAUAGGCCAGUGGCGCAACCAACAAAGUGCUGGCCUCAAUUUGGCCUAGCAUGGUCAGAUUGGAGCCAUGUUAACCACACCUAGCAUGGCGUUUAUUUGGGCACAUUGGCCCAUAUCGAUCGAUGGAGAAAACUGAUUGAUCUGGGCUGGCCUGGCCAGAUCGACGCCAUGGCAGCUUGACAUGGCCUCAAUCGGGCCGUGUUAGGCCAGAUUGAGGCUAGUGGAGCUAGCCUCUAUUGCCUAUGCUGCCAUAAACCCAAUUUUACUUAAACAAAGUAGCCACCGCGCCUACUGCUGAGUUCGUGUUUGAAGAAAGUUGUGUACCUGAGUUUUGGCGUUUUAAUUUUUUUUUUUUUUUUAAGAAAAUAUCUCCACCACCUCCUUCCUUCUCAGCCACCGGAAGCUCCACCACUCUCCUCACCGUGGCACUUCACUCCCAUCCCUCUCCCACGCAAAUCGCAGUAGCCCAUCCCUUUCUUUGUAACGUCCCCCAAACCUGAUGGUCUUCUCCUUUCCUCUUCUCAUCUUAAUUUCCGCUCCUCUGUCGCCGCCUCCAGAACCACCUAAACCAAAGCCUCUCUCUGUCCUCCUAAAUCCCUCUCCUUCCUCUCUCAUCCUUCAAACAUUCCUUCCCCACAACGAUUAAAGCCUCUCAUUCUUUAUUUUUCCAUCAAAUCAACCAAAAUCCAACAAAUCUCCGCCGCCAUUUCUCUUGACAAUCUUCACAACACCACCACAGUCGGAAAAAGCCGAUCCUUUUCGUCGUCCCUGACCUUCACACCCAAGUGCUCUCAAAGCACCUCCCGGUUUUGUCGAAAAGUUUAUCGAGCUCAAGGCCAUAGGCGCUCUCUAGCCACUUUUUAAUACCGCAUGUGUAAACAAAACAGAUGGGUUUUUUAAUGUAUUUUUUAUUCUCACUUGCUGCUGGCCGCACUCCAAGUUAGAGGACUCUAACAUAAGUUCAUAACCGACCAAUCUUCACUUGGCUGUUGCCGCCGCUGUUAUUCCUGUCAAGAUAUUGUUCCCGUCGAUGAUUGGUACAAUGCAAGAAAACGUCUAUGAAACUUGUUCAGAAGAAAUCAGCGAUGAUGCCGACCAAAAUGAUGAUGAAGAAGAUUAUUGUAUGGGUUCUAUAUCCAAGUUACAAUUCAGGAAAGAUAUUUCUAUGGCUCGUUGGAAUGAUGAAUUAGGGAUGGCUGAGGUUGUGGAAAAGAAGGGUAAGAUGUGGACAACAACAGCAAUUAUUCGGAAUGGCAAGACGUAUUGCUUAAUUGAGGAGACUUUGUUUUUGGCUGAAAUUGGGGCAUUGCAUCUGUUGGAUGAUAAUGAUUCGAGUCUUCCUUUAAAAUAUAUAUAUGAGAAGGUUGCAAAAGAGAAGAAUGGAUGUUCUUGGGAGCUUUUUGAGGUUUAUAGGCACCUAAAAUAUCUUGGUUACAUAGUGGGGCGACAUGGUGUUCCCUGGACUAUGAAAAUCAAUAAAGGUAAAAAUGUUGACAUCAUCAGGGACUCUGUUUCUCUUCAGGGCACUCAAGAAAGAAAUGAAGAUAUGGAUUUCGAAUCAAGGAAAGCUGGUUCUAUUAUUGAUUUAUUCAGUAAUUUACAGAUUAAUGAAAUGGGGCCAGUUUUUGAUGUUUAUCUUCCAAAUAGAAAGUUUAAAAAGUCUUGUCCUGGUGAUCCAAGCUUUGUGCUAUACUUAACGAGGGUUUGUCCACCAUCCAAAGCCGAAAUUGAAGUUCUUGAGAGACAGUGUGGCAGCAUUCCACUGAAGUUUUGUCAUGUGGAGCAUGGUCAAGUCAGUUUUUUUUCCUUUGAUAGGGUGGAGCUUCCCAUUUUGCCUUGACUUUUCGUUUGCUGCAGUGUUGAGCUGCUACAUGAAACGAAAUCACUAGCUCAAGCGAUUCUUGAGUAGAGUGCUGCGGUAGAUUGUUAUUUUUGUCCUUAAAAUUUGUACAUAUUUAUGGCUGUUGUGGA